AUGAAAGGCCGACUUCACCAGCAGUUGAAAGAGGCGCUUCAGCAGGGGACAUUCAGCAGCCUGUGCAACAGGAUGCAGAUCUUGGUAGACCAGGAGGAGCAGGAAGUGGAGAAGGAUCCAUAG